UUUUUGUAUCAUGAACCUCUUUGCCCCUCCGGAGAAGUCCCUGGACCCCUCCUCAUACUAGCAUUUUUAAGAACAUGAAGGAUUACCAAAGAACUCAAUUAUAUGGAAACACGGUUAACAGCAUGAAACAAAUUAGUGAUAAAAUUAUCUAUAUGUUCUUUAAAAUUAAUGCACCAAAUAGUAAGACCUAGGGACAGGCCCAGUAACUGGUAGAGUUUCAAAGUUGUUAUAAGCAUGAAUGACUCUUGACAAUGUUUGCCUGGCUGUGAUGUGGUGUGAAAACAUCUGUAAUUUCUAUUGGUGACUAAGUCCUGUGGCUUAUGCCACAUUGGUUUGUUGCUUCCAUUUACAAUGGAAGGAAAUGCCAAAUUUCUCUUAGAGGCUAGUAAGCAUUAAAAUACUUUUUUCCUGGACCACUUGGGAAGGAGUCCAAGAACCUCAGGCUCAAAAACGCCCCUGCAUCUUCUUGCCUCGCCAAUCUUUUAUGAGAUUGUGUCGUCUGUGUACCACCUUGUGAAUGUUCCUUCAGAGGACAUGUGGCAGAGCGUUCCAAGCACUGACCGGGAGCCCAGGGCUCUGGACUGGGAUCUGCUGCCCACCAGCCCUUGAGCAGUCGUUUCAAGGCUCUUAGCUUCAGCCUCCUCAUUCUUCACAGAAGUGGUUAAGUCUGAACUGCGUGUGAGAAAGUAACUUGGAAAAUGUAGUUUAACUAUAAAUGUCUAAAAGGAAGCCUGCUUUUCGUGGGGACAGACCAUGUACGGGAUCCUGAGUUAGGUGAUUGUACAUAUUGUCAUCUUAUUGGUCCCAAAACCCUGUAAGUGAGAAAUGAUUGCCCUCACUUUUCAGAUAAGAAAAGACACAGUAUUCUGAGAACACUAGUUCCCAAAGAGUUUUCACUUAGAGCACAAUGUAUAUAACAAGGGAGCAUUGGUAGUGGUUAAGAGCAUGGGCUCCGGGGUCUCUCUGCCAGACCCCCCAUCCUAGCAUCACCACUUAUUAGCUGGGUGACCUUGGGCAAGUUGCUUCAACUCUGGACCUCCAUUUCCUCGUACAAAAAUACAGGUCCCAGGUGGUGACCAGAGGCAGCUACUCCGUUGCAAGAUGGCGGUGUUGACACCAGCUCAGAGGCCAUGGAGUACCCAGUUCCAGCCAGUGAAGCCUCUGCUCAAGCACGAAUCUCUGGGAUCCCAGGCCUCCGCAGAUAGAGUUCUCCAGGUUCCUGGGCUGGCCCCGGGAGGGCGCUGCCGACGGGACGCAGUGGUGGCUGCCAGGCUGCCCUCAGAGGCCCAGGGCCUGCUGAAAACGGAAGAUGUGGCCCUGGCUUUCUCCCCUGCAUGGACACAGCUGGAUUCACCUCGGGGGAGCUUCCACAGAGAUGAGAGGCAGGAGAACUGUGGCGGCCUGACCCCCCUGGGUGGUAACAUGCAGGCCGGGAUCACGGACCUGCCCCCAGAUGAGCAACAUCCAAGACAAGAGCCUGGGGAAGUACCGUGCCACUUGCGUGAAGACGUUGCCCAGACUCCUGCCUGUCUAGAAGCUGGUGAACAGGAGGGCAGGUUACCAAGAAAGCAGAAAAAUGCCACGGGAAGUAGGCGGCACUAUUGUCAUGAAUGUGGAAAGAGUUUUGCUCAGAGUUCGGGCCUGACUAAACACAGGAGAAUCCACACUGGUGAGAAACCCUAUGAAUGUGAAGACUGUGGCAAGACCUUCAUCGGGAGCUCUGCCCUUGUCAUCCAUCAGAGAGUCCACACUGGGGAGAAACCCUAUGAGUGUGAAGAAUGUGGCAAGGCCUUCAGUCACAGCUCAGACCUUAUCAAACACCAGAGAACCCACACUGGGGAGAAGCCCUAUGAGUGUGAGGACUGUGGGAAGACCUUCAGCCAGAGCUGCAGCCUCCUAGAACAUCACAAAAUCCACACGGGGGAGAAACCGUACCAGUGCAGCAUGUGUGGUAAAGCUUUCAGGCGGAAUUCACACCUCCUGAGACACCAGAGGAUCCAUGGCGAUAGAAACGUGCAGGAUCCCGGACGUGGAGAGCUCUGGGAGAGCCAGGGGAGGGCGGAAGGCCAGUGGGGAAACGUCGAGGCCCCCCUGUCUUACAAAUGUAACGAGUGUGAGAGAAGUUUCACUCGGAACAGAAGCCUUAUCGAACACCAAAAAAUCCACACUGGUGAGAAACCCUAUCAGUGCGAAACCUGUGGAAAAGGCUUCACCCGGACUUCAUACCUUGUUCAACAUCAGAGAAGCCACGUCGGAAAAAAAGUCCUAUCGCAGUGACCCACGUCCUAUGUGGCAGAGUUCGUGCUCGUUCCUCAUUGAACCGAAGCCACCCGCAGCCCUUCCUGACCACAGAAACUGGGCUGGGCUUUACUGACCAUUCCCAUCACCUUGUGUUAGAAGACGCGGAGUCUGGCUGAGAUGGAUUCUCUUCUACGUUCUGGAGGGUGGCUGAGGAACAGCUUAUUUGAUAGGAGGUUACAGGAGAGUUGUCUGGAAGGGGUAGGACCUGAAAUGUUUACUCUCACCUACUGGACUGAAACGGGCUUCCAGACUGGCUCACCACCGCCGGCCAGCACUUUAUGAUGUCUCGUGGGCAGAAGGCUCUGCCUAUAAAGAAUCCUCCAUCAGCUGGUCCGAUCCGUGACAUCUUACUUACACUGCCCACUGUGCCUGACCCUGUAGCUCUGGAUAUGACAUCAUCUAGACUUCUGAGGAGCUUCUCACCAUAGCCUUUUGAGCUUGUGUCUAAUUCUGAGGCUCUAGAUUCUGAGUUAAUCUAGCACAUUUUUUGCAGAUCACAUAAGAUUGGCAGGUUGGGGGUGAGGUUACUGUGAUAGAAAGAAUUCAGAUUUCUUGACCAGACUAGGCAUUCCAAUGUGAAUACCUUAGGUUCUUCAUCAUGAAAUCACUGUAAAGGUAUGCCAGGCAUGGAAUGCCAUUCUUUAAUAUUACUACUCUCUGCAGAGAAAAGAUUCCUACGCAGACAGUGUGAAAAUUAAUCAAAUCAGAAUAAAAUGAUAAAUUUGCUAAUG